AAACAAAAAAAGAAAGCAAUAUAUAAGAAGAAACCCACUCCCCCAAUAACCCCCACCACAUUUCCACUCAAUUUCUCUACAGAAAAGAGAGAGAAAAGAAAACUCAAGCUUUCAUCUAUGGAGUCCGAAGCUUCAAUGUUCGAGACGUGCGAGAUUAUGGCCGCCCUCUUGGGUUCGAGUCCUCUUCUCUCGCAGUCGUGGAGUCUCUGCAGCGCCACCGCGCCGGAGACCUUUACGGCGGAGCUGAUCGGAGACGUCGCCUACGUCGCCUUCUCCGCCGUCCAAGUUCUGCCACUCGCCCGUGGCGGCCGAGAGUUGGUGGCCUUGGAAGGUGAAGCCGAGGAGCUGUUCCGGCCGCUGAACCGCCACCGCGAGGAGCUCCGGCCACCGCCCAUGGCGGAUUCCGGCCUCCUUCGUAUCUUCCUUAAUAUAUUUACCCACCAGAAUCUCUCUCAAAAGAUGACAAGAAUAAUGCAGAAAAGCAAGUCAAUUGUAAUUACAGGUCAUUCCCUUGGAGGAGCAGCAGCCACUCUGUGCACCCUUUGGCUGCUCUCUUUCUUCCAUUCCAAAACCACUCACCAGCCAUUGCUAUGCAUCACCUUCGGCUCCCCGUUGAUAGGCAACGAGUCGCUUUCGAGAGCCAUUCUUAGAGAGCGAUGGUGUGGCAACUUCUGCCAUGUCGUCUCGAACCACGACAUUAUGCCACGGCUUUUCUCUACUCCGCUCUCCCCCCAGCUCCACGUUCUUCUUAGAUACUGGCAUUUGUCGAUGGUCUCUCCACAGUUCGGGAAGCUUGCUACCCAGUUGUCACAAAGGGAAAAGGAUGAGCUCUUUCAAGCCGUAUUGGCUCACUUCGACAUGAUAUCUAACUCGGGAGAGGGGUCGGAGCGAAGUCAGUUUUGGCCACUUGGGAACUUCUUCUUUUGCUCGGAAAAUGGUGCAAUUUGUUUGGAUAAUGCCAUGUCAGUUAUGAAGAUGCUCUAUUUGAUGCUCAAAACAAGUGCUCCAAAUUUCAGUAUUGAGGAUCAUCUCAACUAUGGAGAUUAUGUGAAAGAAGUUGGAAUUCAGCACAUGGAGAGGAAAAGCUUCACUUCAGAGUGUCUUCUUCCUGAUUCAAGCUAUGAAGCAGGGCUUGCUCUAGCAAUACAGUCCUCAGGAAUACCUUUUCAAGAGGAAGUUGCUCGAAUGGCCGAAAAUAGCUUGAGGACAGCGAGGAGAAUGGGACUAAAACCGACCUUGAGUGUGGCAAAACUGGCUAUAAGCUUAUCCAAGAUUACACCUUACAGAGCUGAGAUAGAAUGGUACAAAGCCUCUUGUGAUGAAGCUGAUAAUCAAUUGGGGUACUACGAUUGCUUCAAACGAGUAGAUGCCUCGGUCAGACAAGCCAGGGUGAACAUGAACAGGCACAAGCUCGCAACAUUCUGGAAUCGAGUAAUAGACAGGUGGGAGAACAAUGAGCUUCCUCCAGAUUUUAACAUAAGAGCAAAGUGGGUCAAUGCUUCACAUUCCUACAAACUCCUGGUAGAGCCAUUGGACAUUGCAGAAUAUUAUCGCCGUGGAAAGCACCUUGUCCACGGUCAUUACCUGAAGCAUGGAAGAGAGAGACGAUACGAGAUUUUCGAUAAAUGGUGGAGAGGGAAAGAGAUUAGAGAACAAGGGAAUACUCAGAGUCAGAGGAUGAAAUAUGCAGGUUUAACUCAAGAUUCAUGCUUUUGGGCAAGGUUGGAGGAAGCAAGAGACCUACUGGAAAGCAUUAAAUGUGAAGGAGAUGUGAGGAAGUUGGCUUUAAUUUGGAAAAGUCUUGAGAACUUUGAAAGGUAUGCCAGAGGAUUGAUAGAAAGAAAAGAGGUUUCUAAAGAUGCUGUUGCAAAGAAUUCAAGCUACACUCUCUGGGCUCAAGAACUGAGGGCAUUGAAGUUAAAUAUGUAAUAAUUAGGUAGUUAGAACUUGGAAUUUUAUGAAAUUUCUUAGUUAACACCUUGGACCAAGGAUCUUUAAUUCUAGCUGUAAGCCUGUAACCUAAAGUCAAACUGCUGAUAACAAUGUCAAUUUGACACUCAAUUAUCCACCAAUUGAGAAUAGUAAUAUUAUCAGUUAUGCCAUACUA